GAGUUCUCGGCGCACUGCAGGCUCCAGCUGCCACCUGCCCCGCCUUGGCCGCGCCGCUCGGACCGCAGGCACCAGCCCUCGGGCCCUCGCAGUUCCUGCCUUCGCUCGCUGCGUGCUCGCGGCAGCCCCCUUCUCCAGCCGCGGCCAACGGCGCUGGCGAGAUGGUUUGCGGCGGCUUCACCUGCUCCAAGAACUGCCUGUGCGCCCUCAACCUGCUUUACACGCUGGUCAGCCUACUUCUGAUUGGAAUUGCAGCAUGGGGUAUAGGCUUUGGCCUCAUUUCUAGUUUCCGAGUAGUUGGCGUGGCAGUUGCAGUGGGGAUCUUUCUGUUCCUCAUCGCUCUGGUUGGAUUGGUUGGUGCAGUCAAACACCAUCAAGUGUUACUCUUCUUUUACAUGAUUAUUCUCUUGCUAGUGUUCAUUGUCCAAUUUUCAGUCUCCUGUGCUUGUUUGGCAUUGAACAAAGAUCAGCAGAGCCGACUUCUAGAGGUUGGAUGGAACAACACAGAGAGUGCUAGAGAAGAUAUUGAGAGGAAUCUAGACUGUUGUGGUUUCAGAAACAUCAGUUCAAGUGAAACCUGCUCUGCUGCUUGUGUUAAAAAGAACGACUGUGCUCCAUGUGAAUCUAUAAUAGAAGAAUAUUCAGGAAUGGUACUGAGAUUUGUAGGUGGCAUAGGACUCUUCUUCAGUUUCACUGAGAUUUUGGGAGUUUGGCUGACUUAUAGAUACAGGAACCAAAAAGAUUCUCGUGCAAACCCUAGUGCAUUUCUUUGACUGGAAAAUUUCUCAAGGACUGAAUCUCUUUUUUUUUUUUUUUUUUUUUUUUUUUUUUUUUUUUUUUUUUUUUUUUCCCAGUUAAAAUAUGAAUUCUCUAGCAAUUGGCACUUCUGCAUGCUAAGGAUCUGAAAGAAAAUGAUUUUCCUACAUGGAGAUGUUUGUGCUUGUUAUCUUUAGCUUCCCAUCUUCAUCUCUGCGUUCUCUAUCUGGAAAUAGAUAUAUCUAUUCUGUAGCUGAACAGAAUCUGAACAGUUCUGAGAUGGUUAAAUAACUGUUAGAUCACGACAAUUCCUGAAGUCUACUGUUUCAAGUUAGUUUUAUUGCCUUUCUUAGU